AUGGCAACCGUUUCCAACGGCUCCGAGUACGACUUCAUCAUCGUCGGUGGUGGCACAGCCGGCAAUGCAGUUGCUGGCCGCCUCGCCGAAAACCCCAAUGUUCGCAUCCUGGUUGUUGAAGCCGGCAUUCCAAACCCAGACCAAAUCGAAGAAAUCACUACUCCAGCCAAGGCUUUCAAUCUCCGUGGAAGCAAGUAUGACUGGGCAUACAAAACGACCAUGAUCAAACGCGAUGACUACGAGCGUAUCGAAAAGCCCAACACUCGUGGAAAGGCCCUGGGUGGAAGUUCAUGUGCCAACUACUUCACCUGGAUCCCUGGCUCCAAGCCAACGUUCGAUGACUGGGAACAGUUCGGUGGCCAUGACUGGAACUGGGAUAGUUGCGUGGAAUACCUCCGCAAAUGUGCGACUUAUCAUGACGACGAGAAACUGUAUCCUGCUGAGCUGAGCAAAAUCGGAACCAAUGGCCCUGUGAACAUCGCCCAUGCAGACCUGGUGCCGGAGCUGCAGCCGUUCCGCGAUGCCCUUACCCAGGCAUGGGUGUCUAAGGGUGAGGUUUUGACUGAGGAUAUCUACUCUGGCGAGAUGAAGGGUCUUACGCAUUGUGUGGACACCAUCUAUGGGGGACAGCGCCAGGGUAGCUUUUUGUACCUCAAGAACAAGCCAAAUGUGACUAUUCUAUAUGGGGUUCAGUCGAAGCAUCUGAUUAUUGACCCAGCAACCGGCAUCUGCUCUGGCGUCGCGGUAGUCAGUGCAGCUUCCGGUGUAGAGAUCAAUGUUUACGCCAGCCGGGAAGUCAUCCUGUCUCAAGGUGUCUUCGAGACCCCCAAGCUCCUCAUGCUGAGCGGCAUCGGUCCCGCGGCGGAGCUCGCCAAACACGGAAUCACUACCAUCGUGGACUCUCCCCACGUCGGCCAACAUCUCCUGGACCACCCAAUCGUGCCCUUCGUCCUCCAAAUCAAGGACGGACUCGGUCUGGACGACCAUAUCCUUCGCACCGGUCCCUUGAACGACAAGGCGAUGAGCACCUACAAGCAUGACAAGACAGGCCCUAUUAGCUCCGGACUCUUGGAGCUAGUAGGAUUCCCACGUAUCGACCAACGCCUAGAAAAAUACCCAGCUUACCUCGAGGCAAAGGCAGCAAACGGCGGCCUAGAUCCCUUCGGACCAGCAGGCCAGCCUCAUUUCGAGCUUGAUUUCGUCGGAAUGUUCAGCACUGCCUUCCAGUGGCACUACCCAGUCCCCGAGAAGGGAAGUUAUAUGACAGUAAUUGUUGAUCUGCUGCGACCUCUUUCCGAGGGUGAAGUUACCCUGAACAGCUCCAACCCUCUUGUGCAGCCGAAUAUCAACCUGAACUUCUUCGCCAAUGACUUGGACAUCCUGGCUAUGCGCGAGGGUGUUCGUUGGACGUACGAUGUCUUGACCAGUGGUGCGGGAUUCAAGGAUAUUGUCGUCGCAGAGUAUCCAUGGAAGAUGCCUCUUCAAUCCGAUCAAGAGAUGAACCGAGCUGUUCUGGAUCGAAGCCAGACUGGAUUCCACCCAUGUGGUACAGCACGUCUUUCGAAGAGUAUUCACCAGGGUGUGGUUGAUUCAAAGCUUCGAGUGCAUGGGGUGCGCAAUCUCCGGAUUGCAGAUGCUUCGGUCAUUCCUGUCAUCCCCGACUGCCGUAUUCAGAACUCGGUUUAUAUGAUCGGUGAAAAGGGUGCGGAUAUUAUCAAGUCCGCUCACAAGGAUCUUUACGAAGCACAGAACAUUCCUUACACUGUUUCAAGCAGACUGUAG